CAAUGGAGCCGAGCCAUUCGAACACAGCUCAAUCAAGAAGAUCCGUAGAUCGCAAAACUAUUGAGAAAAAUAGAAGGAUGCAAAUGAAAUCUCUCUACUCAGAACUCAUCUCUCUUCUUCCUCAUCAUUCUUCUAGGGAGACUUCAGCACUGCCUGAUCAGCUAGAUGAAGCAGCAAACUACAUCAAGAAGCUACAAGUGAACGUGGAGAAAAAGAGAGAAAGGAAGAGGAAACUUGUUGCGACUACAACUUUCGAGAAGUUGAAUUCCGCUGGAUCUUCACUGGCUUCUUCGAGUGUCGACGUCUCCGUCCCUAAAAGGCUGCCAAAAAUCGAGAUUCAAGAAAUGGGUUCGAUCCUUCACAUCUUUCUUGUGACAAGCUUGGAACACAAGUUUAUGUUCGGUGAGAUCAUUCGUGUUCUCACUGAGGAACUAGGAGCUGAGAUCACUCAUGCUGGAUACUCCAUCGUUGAUGAUGCUGUCUUCCACACUCUUCAUUGCAAGGUUGAAGAGUGUGAUUAUGGAGCUAGGAGUCAAAUUCCUGAAAGACUGGAGAAAUUUGUGAACAGUGUUAAUUAACAUUAAUUUUUCUUGUUCCUUUAAAAAAAGAAAAGUUCUAUGUUCUUGUUCCUUUUCUUGAUUUUUUUUUUGGGUGUCAGACUCUUUUUCUUGAUAUGUAUCAUGUGCCUGUGAAAAUGAUGUUUCAU